AUGCGGGCGCGCUGUCAGGGGAGCGCGGAGGAGGAGCCGCUCCCCAACUUCAUGGCCCACGAAGGGGUGGGGGUCAGGGGCGGUCUCCCUCGCCCUGUCCGUCUCUGUCCUGACGGCGGAGCCCGCUUCCCCGGGGUAGCCAUUGCCAUGGAGACCCCCGAAGCUAUAAAGCCAGGAAGGUCCGAGGGGACGUCGGACACGGGGAAAACGGCCCGAGAGCUGAGGAGGUCGAGCUUGAGCGGGAGCCAGGAGUUACAAGCAGCCCACACCUCCAGGCGGGAGGCCCGGGGAGGAGCCGGCCACGGCCACGGCCCUGGAGAAGGAGGUGAGCUUGCCUCUGCUGGCAAGGGCUCAGGCCGUCACAGGGCACAAGGCAGCGAGAGGCCAGAGCUGGGCCGGAGCAUGAGCCUGGCGCUGGGUACCAUGACGGAGGAGGAGACAGCACGCCUUCGGGCAGGAGCUCUGAUGGCCCGAGCAAACUCACCCCAGUCUGCGGGGAGUGGGCGGUGGCGCUCACAGGAGGUGCUGGAGGGAGCGCCCCCAACCUUUGUGCAAGCCCCUAUCGGCCUUAGUCCUCAUCCCGAGGGUGGCCCGGGCUCUGGCCGCCUGGGUUUGCGGCGACGGUCCACAGCCCCAGACAUCCCCAGCCUGGUCGGUGAGGCUUCAGGGCCAGAGAGUGGCCCGGAAUUAGAGACCAAUGCUCUGCCUUUCUCAGUGCCUGGGCCAAAGCCUUGGCAGGCUGGCACGGAGGCUGUGGUACUGCAGGCUCAACGAUAA